GGAGCAGAGGACUACUAGGAACAUAUACUUUACACCACUAUGCCGUCUCAGCAAGUCUUCAACAAGCCCGAUGGAGCUAUCUAUACUACCUCGAACGGAGCACCCUAUCCGGAGCCAUACGAGGCCCAGCGUGUCGGACGCAAUGGACCUCUGCUCCUUCAGGAUUUCCACCACAUCGAUCUGCUUGCGCACUUUGACCGCGAGAGGAUCCCGGAGCGUGUAGUACAUGCCAAGGGUCACGGCGCCCACGGUACCUUCGAGGUCACUGAUGACAUCACCGACAUCUGCAUGGCCAAGCUGUUCUCCAAAGUAGGCAACACCGCCAAGAUCACCGCUCGAUUCUCGACUGUCGGUGGCGAAUCCGGUUCAGCAGACACUGCGCGUGACCCACGAGGCUUCUCCGUCAAGAUCAGAACAGAGGAAGGCAACUGGGACCUCGUCUACAACAACACCCCUAUCUUCUUCCUGCGUGAUCCAGCCAAGUUCCCCCACUUCAUCCACACCCAAAAGCGAGACCCGCAGUCUCACUUGAAGGAUGCUGAUAUGUUCCACGACUACCUGUCACAAAAUCCAGAGGCUAUUCAUCAGGUGAUGAUCCUCUUUGGUGACCGUGGCGUGCCCGACGGCUAUCGCUUCAUGCACGGCUACUCGGGCCAUACUCACAAGUUCGUCAAUAAAAAUGGCGAUUUCGUCUACACGCAAAUCCACUUGCGCUCAGAUCAGGGUGUCAAGUUCCUCACACAAGCCAAGGCUGUCGAGCUUGCCGGCGCCAAUCCCGAUUAUGCCGGCCAGGAUCUAUUCGAGGCCAUUGAGAACGGCCAUUUCCCAUCCUGGACCAUGUACGUUCAGACAAUGACACCCGAUCAAGCCGAGAAGUUCCGCUACAACAUCCUCGACUUGACCAAGACUUGGUCACACAAGGAGUACCCUCUUCGCAAAGUAGGCAAGAUGACUCUGAAUGAGAACAUCCAAAACUACUUCCAAGAGGUUGAGUCAGUCGCUUUUGCGCCCAGUCAUCUCAUCCCCGGCAUUGAGCCGAGCGCCGAUCCAGUCCUGCAAUCUCGUCUGUUCUCCUACCCCGACACGCACAGAUACAGACUUGGUGUCAACUACCAGCAAUUGCCGGUGAACCGACCAGUCAGCGAAGUCGCAAAUUUCCAACGCGAUGGCGCUGCUGCCUUUUACAACCAGGGCUCUCGACCAAACUAUCAAUCGUCGAUCCAGACGCUCUCUUAUGUCAAGCGGCCUUACACCAUGACCACCCACGAGGUUUUCCUGGGCGCAGCAGCAGCCGAUCUGUCAGAGGUAACCGAGCUCGACUUUGAGCAGCCCCGAGAUCUCUGGCAGCGCGUGUUCGAUGACGCCGCCAAGGAUCGCUUUGUUGACAAUAUCUCAGGACACUUGAGCGGUGCCAAGAAGCCCGAGAUCCGCCAGCGCAUGCUGUCGGUCUUUGCCGCCGUCGACCAGGAUCUCAGCAAUCGCAUCGCAAAGGCCAUCGGCGAGAAGCCUCAGAAGCCUGUCGCAUAUAAGCCCGCUUCGGAGGCGUACCGCUUCGCACCCAAUCUCAAUGGCAAGCCCGUGCCCAGCAACGCUGUCAACGGCCUCACCUCUCUGACCGCAUAAUCUGUGGUUGCCCAUCGCGCGACGUAUUGCGUCUCGCGUAUAGCACUUAUUGUCUGAUCUAUGAAAUCAUUUACACGUCUC